AUUCAGUCAGAGCUCAGUGCAAAACUGAGGUCACUCCAACUUGGCCGAGCAAGAGAGAGCAAUGGACUAUCUUCCUUUCUUCUCAGUUGAAACAUGGAUUCUACUGAUCACAUUUAUCUGCCUUUUUGUCAUAUAUGGCAACUGGACUCAUGGAAUAUUUGAGAAGUUGGGGAUCCCAGGUCCCAAGCCGUACAUUUACUGGGGCACAAUUGGCAGGAACCACCCAGUUUACUACGAGGAUGACAACCUAAGUGCUAAGAAGUAUGGGAGAGUAUGGGGACUGUAUGAGUUCAGGAGGCCCAUGCUGGUUGUGAUGGAGCCUGACAUGCUGAAAACCAUCCUGGUGAAGGAGUGCUUCACUUACUUUACCAACCGGAGAAAUUUACGUCUGAAUGGGGAACUAUAUGACUCAGUGUCUACAGCCGAGGAUGAUCAAUGGAGACGGAUUCGUAACAUCCUCACAUCCUUCUUCACCUCUCGCCGUAUAAAAGAGAUGUUUAGCAUCAUGAAACAUCAUUCCAGCAAACUGACAGCCAGCCUGCAGUCCAAGGCGCACAAUAAUGAAGUUAUUACUGUAAAAGACUUCUUUGGAGCUUACAGUAUGGAUGUGAUGACGAGCUGUGCAUUCAGUGUGGAUGUGGACUCAAUCAACAACCCCUCAAGUCCCCUCAUCAUCCAUGCUUCCAAGUUGUUCAGACUCCCCAUAUCUGUCAUCCUUCUCCAAGGGUUUUUCCCUGUACUUCUUCCUCUCUUGGACCUGCUGGGUGUGUCCUUGUUCUCCAAGACCUCUACUGCUUUCUUUAAAACGCUUCUGGAGAAGAUCAGAGCCGAGCGCAAUGGGAGCUCAGACAAGAAUUUGGGAGAUAUCCUUCAACAUAUGAUCAACUCUCAGACUGCUAAUGCUCCCAGUAAAGAAAAGCAGAAUAAGGGUCUUACUGACCAUGAGAUCUUAUCCCAAGCCACAAUGUUUGUGUUUACUGGUUACGAGACGAGUGCCACCACUCUCGUUUUCUUGGCCUAUAAUUUGGCAAGAAAUCCGGAAGUCAUGAAACGCCUGCAAGAGGAGAUAGACUCUACUUUCCCUAAUAAGGGUGCAGUCCAAUAUGAAGAUCUGAUGCAGAUGGAGUACCUAGACAGUGUUGUCAAUGAGAGUCUGAGGCUCUACCCUCCAGCUGGACGUAUCGACCGAGUUGCAAAAGAAACGGUCAAGAUCAGUGGAAUCACAAUCCCAAAGGACAUGAUGGUUAUGAUUCCAGUCUACGCUCUUCACCGCGACCCUGAGCUGUGGCCAGAGCCAGAGGAGUUCAAACCUGACAGGUUUAGUACGCAGAACAAGCAGAGCAUCAACCCGUACACUUACCUGCCAUUUGGGUACGGGCCAAGGAACUGUUUGGGGAUGCGAUUUGCUCUGGUGUUGGUUAAACUGGCCUUGGUGGAAGUUUUGCAGAACUACAGCUUCUCCGUCUGCGGAGAGACAGAGAUCCCUUUGACGAUGGAUCCUAAAAGCCUUGUUGGACCCCUAAAUCCAAUCAAACUAAAGGUGGGGACACGUUCAAUCACCUCAGGAAAUGAGGACAAGUCCAACUAGGAUGUACCCGGAGAGAGAUGUUUCUCAAGGCUGAAUUAUCCUCAAAAUGUAUAAUUUGAGUAACUGAAAAUGCUAGUUAAAGUUUAUUACUAUAACUUUUCAAUCUGUAGCAGAAGUUUGUAAUCUGACCUGAAUCCAAACAGACACAGUGAUAGUCAAUCAUGUUGAGUUUUGAACAAGAACACGACGGGGAUUUAUACAGUAUGUGCAUCGGACGGUUUUGAAUAUCUAAACACCAAUGAAUAAUGUAUUGGGUAAUGAUGCAAAUAUGUUGCCUUCCAAAUUUGUUGAAGAUUAUAAGAAAUGAUGAUGAGAUUAGAUGAAAAAGAUUUUUAUAAACUGUCAAAAUUGCGGGAAAUUGCAGAUGUCAAGACGACACGAGGACAUGAAUGAAUGUUUUGUGUUAUAUCUAAAUUAUCAAAGUGAUUGUAUCAUAGUUAUAUGGAGCAUAAUCAGUAAACUGUGACAUUGUUUAAUAAAUACCAUAAAGGACACCCCAUGAGUGCAUGGAAACAAGUAGAGACCAGCCAACCAACCCCGAGGCUAGUCGAGCUGUUGAGUGAUACUGCUCAUUACUGAGCCACUUGACACAGAGAGGGUAAAAACACGAGUUAAAGAGUAACAGAACAGAAUCCAGAGCACACCUAUGCUUAAUGACCAGAAAGACUCUCAGCUCCUUUAAAUCAAGAUUGAAGACUUUUGUUUGCUGCUGCCUUUAAUUGAACCAGAUUCAAGAAUAUUA